CAAGUGACGCCUAAGUCGGCCUCCAGGGUGGGCUCCGCGAUUCUGGACACCCGCGCGGGAGCCAACUGUGACCAUGGGCCUGGGCGCCAGCGCCGAGCAGCCCGUGGGCGGCACUGAGGGCUUCCACCUGCACGGGAUGUGGUGCCAUCAGGAGGUUUUAAAUGGAGGUGUGACAUUAACUAUUUAACGUUUUGAAAACCGAAGAGCAAGUGUGCUGCCUUCUCUGCAUUUGGGGGUUCCCACUGUGUGCCAGGCACAGCGAAGUCGCUGCCUUCAGCAAGCUCACAGCAGUGGAGGAUUCACCAGGAAAUGUUGCAGGGCAGCGGGCAGGAGCGGGCUGUACAGGAGAACUCCCCAGCCCAGCGGGCAGGCCUGGAGCCCUACUUUGACUUCAUCAUCACCAUUGGGCACUCGCGGCUGAACAAGGAGAAUGACACGCUCAAGGCCCUGCUGAAGGCCAAUGUGGAGAAGCCGGUGAAGCUGGAAGUGUUCAACAUGAAGACCAUGAAGGUGCGAGAGGUGGAAGUGGUGCCCAGCAACAUGUGGGGCGGCCAGGGCCUGCUGGGAGCCAGUGUGCGCUUUUGCAGCUUCCGCAGGGCCAGCGAGCAUGUGUGGCAUGUACUGGAUGUGGAACCCUCUUCGCCUGCCUCCCUUGCUGGCCUGUGCCCCUACACGGACUACGUGGUUGGCUCAGACCAGAUCCUCCAGGAGUCGGAGGACUUCUUCUCACUCAUCGAGUCCCACGAGGGGAAGCCCUUGAAGCUGAUGGUUUAUAAUUCGGAGUCCGACUCCUGCCGGGAGGUGACUGUCACUCCCAAUGCAGCCUGGGGUGGAGAGGGCAGUCUGGGCUGUGGUAUUGGCUAUGGGUAUCUGCACCGAAUCCCAACCCAACCCCCAAGUCACCACAAGAAGCCACUUGGUGUCCCGCCACCUAGCACCCCACCACCUGGUACCCCACCACCUGGUACCCUGCUGCCUGGACCCAACCCCCAGGACUCUCCUGCCCCUCCUGGCCUGGAGACAGGCUCAAGGCAGGGUGACUAUGUGGAGGCCCUGUUGCAGGCACCUGGCUCCUUCCCAGAGGAACAGCUUCCUGGGCCUGAGAGUCCUGACCACAGCACUUCAGGCCUUGGCGACUUUCCCUGUUCCAUGGAGAUUCCUCUCCAGCCUCCGCCCCCACUGCAGCGAGUCAUGGACCCAGGCUUCCUGGACGUGUCUGGCAUCUCCCUCUUGGACAGCAGCAAUGCCAGUGUCUGGCCCAACCUGCCCUCCUCCACGGAGCUGACCUCCACGGAGCUGACCUCUACAGCGGUCUCAGCCUCAGGGCCAGAGGACAUCUGCUCUAGUGGCAGUUCUCAUGAGCGUGGUGGUGAGGCCACAUGGUCUGGGUCAGAGUUUGAGGUCUCCUUCCCAGACAGCCCAGGCACCCAGGCCCAGCCGGACCACCUGCCUCAGCUGACACUUCCUGAUAGCCUCACCUCAGCAGCCUCACCAGAAGACGGGCUGUCUGCCGAGCUGCUCGAAGCUCAGGCUGAGGAGGAGCCAGCAAGCACAGAGAGCCCAGAUUUUGGGGCAGAGGCCGAGAGGGCAGCGAGCCAGGCCCAGCCCUCCACCCCCAAAUAACACCCUGGGCUAUGUCAAGGCCCUUUGAUGGCAUUUCACGAGGCCCAGGAAUGGGGAAGCAGCUCAGGCCACACCCUGUGGCCCAGCUGCCUGUGUUAUGCUUCCUAGGCUGCACCUCCAAGUGCUGUGCAGGGGAGGGUUUUGUGUCCACUCAGACCCUACUGGUCUCUAAGAGAUGACCUCCCAGCACUCAUUCUGCCUGAUGGUCCUGGCUUUGAGGAAUUGGGCUCUUGUUUGAGAAUCUCAAACAGGUACUUCUGUGGUGGUAGGGGGCUGGGAGCAGCGCCCAGAAUAAGUAUGUUUUCCAGGAGCUGGGGUAGGAGAGAAAAGGAUUCUUUGCUGCUUGGGUGGCGCAUGGCACCUCAGUGGAUAGAGUAAGAGGAGGCCAUGGGCCUUGGGCAAGGGUAUCAUUUGGCCCUCAGAUCUAUUUCUUGCUCCUCCUCUGGUCACUAUAGCUGCACAGGAGGUAGCAGGGUCCAAGCACCAUUAGGUGUGAAGAUGGGGUGACAGAGGAAGGGGUUGGUGUGGAGUGUUUGCCUCAUUCCUCUGUGGGGCUUGCCUUGAUUCUUCCUGCACAGCUCAGACAGCCCUAUUUAUAAUGGAAGCCCCUCUAAGCCUUGGGGACUCCUACCACCCCAACUACUGUCUCACUCUGCUACACUACACAGUGGCUCAGGCUGACCACAUAUGCCAGUCAUGGUUGGAGGAGAGGCAGUGAACUUGCCCACCUCUCCUGAGGGAGGAGGGUUGGGAAUUCUAAGCCCUUCAGCAAAGACUCACCUACCCUUGGACCACGAUGCUUCUUCUCUUCUACACCCCACAGAAUUAGUGCCCCUAGUUGUGACUCCUGUCAGCAUAUAGACUUUUACAACCAUCUCUUCUAAACACACGAGUCAUCCAACCAGCCUCAGUGGUAAAUAAAAGCUACAAAUUUAAGUUCACCAUCCUAAGCAAACUCUCAAAGCUGGUCCUCCUGACUGGAUCUCUUUACACACAGUUCCCACCCCAAAGGGGAAUGAGGGGCCUAGAUAAGAGUAAGGGCCCUUCUUUCUCAUAGUGUGGGAGGGGGCUGUGCUCCUCACCUCCAGGGCGUUGAGGGGCUAAGACUAGGUUGGGUCUUCUCUUCUGCCUGGUUCCUUCAUGAAGAGGGCUCCCUCCAGGGAAGGCCCCUCAUCACUUCAAGGCCUCUCUUCUUUGGCUAGAGUCCCCCACCUUCCCACAGCCCUUGCAGCCUCUGGCCUGGCUUUCCAGCCUAAGCCCAGUUGAAAAUCCCACUUUCACCACUUGCUUUGGAAUGUCUGCACUUAUAGGGAACCGUUGCUCAGAGGACUGCUCGGAGUGGGGGAGGGGGGCCCACAGAGACCAAGUAUAUGGAGGGAGGGCCCCAAAUUAGUAAACAUUUCAUGUUUCUAGCACCGUGACUGCUUUUAAAAAGCAAGCCUUUGUCAGGUCUACCAGAGCAGCUGAUAAGCCUGCAGAACAGGGAGGCAUUGUGUCCAAAGCCAAUGCCAGAGCCUGGUUCCUAAAUUGUCUGGGAGCCCAGUAUCCGCCUACAGGAAUCUAGGAAGUAGAACAGAAUCACCAUGGGCCUGUUCUGAGACCAGCUUCCCUUCACUAUAGCCUGGCAGUCUGACCUGGAGUCACCCUCAACCAAGGGACCUGGUUUUCCCUUCCUCGUUGUUACACCCCCCCCCUAAACUGGGGAGGUUAAAAUGGGUAUCAAUGCUAAUUAUUUCCAGGGUAAACACAAAACCAGAAGUUUCUUACUUUCUCUGUAGCCUGCUAUGAAGGAAAAUGACAAGUGAAAAAAAUAAAUGUGUACUACACUUUGAAAUAUUUUAA